AUGGAAUACUUAAACAGCUCGCAGAUAUCCGAACAGAUGACUCUUUACGAGAACAAAAUCAAAAGUUGGAAAGAUAAAAUCAGGGCUGAGCUGAAAAUCCGACAAAACCUCAAAGAAAAGCUUAGUGAGGCGAAAAAGAGAGAAGCCACGCAAAUAUUGAUGUUGGAGAGACUAGACGAGUAUGAGGAAAUUGUGACUAAACAGCUUGAAUUGGCCGAGAAGAUGGAAGACAGUGAAUCAGUAAAACAAUUAGCCGUAAUAGAAAAAUACGAGGGCAUGCUGCGAGAGCAGCAGCAAGUUUGGGCUCAAUAUGAGGAAGAGUACGAACAGUUGCCGCUGGCCCAAGAAAGACAAAAGGCCGAGCUCCGCUUACUGAAAGUCAGCAUACAAAACGACCUAGUUAUUUACAAGCUCAACGAAAUCAACAAAAUGAUAAAGUUGGAGGAAAAAGUUAACAGACGGCAGGAACAGCUCAAGAUAAUAGAGCUUGCAAAGCUGUAUCUCGAUCACAAGAAAAAGGAACGGUAUUGCUCCGAAUUGAUUUCUACAAUACAACACCUCAAGCUCGAGGAGGAAAAUUUGAAACAACAGGUAAAAGACGCGGAAAGACAAGCCGAAGAAACGGAGAGAUUGAAUCCCACGACCAGCAAAUCGAUAAAAUCUCAGCAGCUGCCAAAAGUCGAUCUCUCCUGUUUCAUAAUUCGAAGGGACAACAAUAAUUACAACAAUUACGACACAGUUUCGAUCAAUUCCUAUAUACUGGAGCAAGAGUACAUGAACGUCGAAGAGCCGGCUAGUCAAUCGUCUCAACCGGAGCAACAGUUCCAGCACAAAAAAUUUGUAGGUGAAAGUCAAGAAAGUAAUUUCGAGUCGAUGGAUUUAGACAGAGCAACGAAGCGACCCGAUGGGCAACAAAAUACAUCUGCGGGUGGGGGAACAAUCAACGACUCGAGGAUGGAUGUCGAUGAAACGGAGACCGACAAUCAAGCUGCUGAUAAAUCGAAGCAGCCGCGGUUGAACCACGUAGCAAGCGUCAAAAAUUUUGAGCGCCACGGCGAGUCAAAUUCAUACAUUCAUUGUAAAAAAUCGAGCCAGGAAAGCCAACCGGAAACUCAUGCCAACGAAAAGAGAGAGACUCCACAAAAACGAGUGAAUCAGCGAAAAUCGUCGCAAGAAGAAGCGCCAAACAGUAGGGGCUUCGUCAGAGUCCCCGAGGAGCGCAUCAAUUACUCGAGCCCCUACCACCCCGUUCAGGAGAGGCCCGUGCCCUCACCCGCUAAAUUGCAAAAACAAUCUUUCGAAUCGCCCCAACAGCAGCAUCAACGAGAAUCGUUUUCAAGAACCGACGCGAGAGCGAUAUUCAACAGCAAAGACCUUGCGAGACUUCCGCAAGCGAGUCCUGGAGCCAACAGGCCACAAAUGUUCAAGCUGAACGACAGUCUGCCGCAUCAAAACCAAACGCCUAACGUCCAGGCAGCACCGGUUGCACAAUCGUCCCGAGAAUCGUCUCAGAAUACCAGUGCUCUGUUGGAUGCGCAAAUGCCGAGGCGUCCGAGCCCGAUACCACAACAGAGCUUCGUUUUUAUGGACAACCAACAGCAGCAGCAGCACCAACAACAACAAAUGACAUCCAAUAUUAACAGCCCAAGCAUCGUGACCAACAGUAUGCUGAACAUGACAAUGAACUCUUGCGACGUAAACAUGUACGCCGACAACAUAUCGGCAAUCUUGGGCAGCGAGAUCACAGAGCCGGGUGGUAGUUUCGAGCUCGUACGGCGUUUGUAUGGAGACUCGGACUUGAAUUCCGAAGUGAGCGAUCUGGAGUACGACAAAAUGAUGGAAAAGUUAUUCUCGCCCAUUCCAUCGAAAGCGAAAAAUCAGCCAGAGCAGCAGCAGCAGCAGCAGCAACAACAUCGACCGGGGCACGCGAUGAGCCAAGCGUCUCGGAUCAGUUUGAAUAGCAAUGUUCCGAUCUCGGAAUCUCAAGAACAAGAAAAAAGUUUUGCGCUCACUGGAUUCAAGAAAUCAACAAAGACAGCAAAAUCUUUGUUCUGA